AUGCCUUCUUACCUCGUCACAGGAGUGAAUCGCGGCAUUGGCUGGGGGUUUCUCAGCAAACUGUCCGAGGAUGCGAACAAUACCGUGAUUGGCAGUGUUCGCGACAAGGCUGCUGUUGAGAAGAAAAUUGCCGAUGAGCUUGGAAAUCGACAAAACAUUCACAUUGUCGAAUUUGAGCUAGGUGACUACAAUAGCAUUGAGAAAUCUGUUCCAGAAGUCUCCAAGAUUACUGGGGGCAAACUCGACUACAUCAUUGCCAACGCAGCAUUUGUCUCGACGGUUUCGAGCUGGCUGCCCAUUGGAAAGCAAGCCGAAAAGCCGCAAGAACUUGACGAGGAUCUUUUGAAGAGCUUCCAGAUCAAUGUUGUUGGCAACAUCCACCUCUUCCACCUCUUCCUACCUCUUAUUCUCAAGGGAGAUGUGAAGAAAGUCAUCGCCAUCAGCUCCGGUAUGGCUGAUCAAGAAUUGGUCAACCAGUACCGUCUCGAAGUCAGCGCCCCUUACUCCAUCAGCAAGACCGGCCUGAACAUGGCCGUGAGCAAAUUCCACGCCCAAUACGCCCAAGACGGGGUUCUCUUCAUGAGCAUCUGUCCCGGAAUCGUAAACACUGGACACAACCAGGACUUGAACGAGGAGCAGCAAGAGUACUUCCUCAAGACUGGUGCCAUUUUCAACGAAUAUGCGCCGGGUGUCUCGUUCGCCACUCCGGAGGAGUCUGUCAAUGAUGUUAUCAAAGUCAUCUACGACUCGAGCCUUGAGAAUGGGAGAGGAGGGGAGUUCAUUUCUCAUUUGGGUACCAAGAGGUGGCUGGAGGCCAACACAGGAAGCAUUCCCCUUUGA